GUGUGACAUUAACAUGUGCCCUACGAAUCAAAAACAUAGAAUCUCCGGAGAACAAUGCUCCCUAUCCGGCGAGUCCAUAACCACCGCCACUCCCACGGAAUGGAUAUUGGAGUCCAUCAGCGGGGGAUCAUUGCGCAACGUCGACCUCCACACAGGAACCAACGGCUGGGCCUCACCUCCGGGCGACCUUUUCUCCCUCCGCUCCAAGAACUACUUCACAAAACGUACCAAAACCCCCUCCGGCGAGUACCUGCUCUCCCCAGCCGGAAUGGAUUGGCUGAAGUCGACUACCAAACUCGACAACGUACUCGCCCGUUCAGCCCACGCCCUGGGCAAAUCCCUAAAGAGCUUCAUUUUCGCCGUCAACCUGCAAGUCCCCGAGAAGGACCACCACAGCGCCGUUUUCUACUUCGCCACAGAGGAUCCUAUCCCCUCCGGUUCUCUUCUGUACUGGUUCGUUAAUGGUGACGACUCGUUCUGGAACCAGUGGUUCAAGAUCGUGAACUGGAUCGUGAAGGGCCCGUGGAUCGUGAAGAAGGCGGUGGAGAAUUACGGUGUGUGUCUGUUAGGCAAGGCUCUGACUUGUAAUUAUCACAGAGGAUCUAACUACUUGGAAAUCGACGUGGACGAAGCUGUUAGAGUUUUCGAGACGAAGGGGAAGGGGUUCUGCGCAUAA